AUGGCCACUUACCCGUGGUCGAGGAGCUACGAAAUCAUGAACAAACCGAUCCGGAUUUCGUGUCUGAUGAAUAUGGGCACACACACCGCUCCCCUGCCGCGUCGUAAGAGCAUUGACCUCGCCUUUGCAGCCGCUGGGGGCCAUGAAGCUAUAGUGCAACGUUUGCUUCGAGGGGCUGCUGGUGCUGAUGCCAAUGGGGAAGAGGGCAGCCUAAGACCCACGGCCGGCCAUGGCGAAAUUGUACUUUGUUUGCUACGCCAAUGUUAUGAGGGUGGAGAUGAUGAUAUUGACGGGACAGUGGUCGUUGAGGGUUUUCAGAACCCCUUGACUGCGCUUGACUGUGCAGCUGCCGGCGGCCAUGACUUGAUUGUUAAAUUGCUUCAAGACUGGGCUGUAUCACAAAUGGGGCAAAAACUGACCAUCUACGGAGUACCUCUGCACCGACUGAUGAACCAUGAAAACUCAAUGUAA